AAGGAGAGCGGAAGCGUCGUCGUUUAGCAUACACACAGUUGUCUGCUCUCUCUUGUUCGGUUUUCCCUGUGGGUCUUCCUUCUCCUUCUUCUUCCUUCCGCUGCCGAUAAAUGGAGCUGUCUUCUGCGUCCGCCAUGUUUGGUCAAUCCUCCGCUCAGCUUGUGAAACCCAAUAUCGGGUUUAUGGGUCUGCUUCCUCGGAGAACGUCGAUCGUUUCUUCUUCGCUCCCCCGGUUUUUGCGGAUGGAAUCUCAAUCUCAGCCUCGCAAAUCUCUCUCCUGCGCUUCUGCUCCCAGCGAGAAUGUUUCUCGGGUUAAUUCUUCUAAUUCCUCUAUCGAAUCAGCUCGAAUUGGAGAAGUGAAGAGAGUAACAAAGGAGACGAAUGUGUCAGUGAAGAUAAAUUUGGAUGGCAAUGGAGUUGCUGAUAGUUCUACUGGAAUUCCUUUCCUUGACCAUAUGUUAGAUCAACUUGCUUCACAUGGCUUGUUUGAUGUGCACGUAAGAGCUACUGGUGAUGUUCACAUCGAUGACCAUCACACGAAUGAAGAUAUAGCUCUUGCCAUUGGAACAGCUCUGUUAAAGGCCCUUGGUGAGCGUAAAGGGAUUAACCGGUUUGGUGACUUCACAGCUCCUCUAGAUGAAGCGCUUAUACAUGUUUCCCUGGACUUGUCUGGUAGACCAUAUCUUGGUUACAACUUGGAGAUUCCAACCCAGAGAGUUGGAACUUACGACACUCAGUUGGUGGAGCACUUUUUCCAGUCGUUGGUGAAUACUUCCGGUAUGACACUUCACAUCCGGCAGCUUGCUGGUGAAAACUCUCAUCACAUAAUAGAGGCGACCUUCAAGGCCUUUGCCAGGGCUCUACGACAAGCAACAGAGAAUGAUCCUCGCCGUGGAGGGUCGAUACCAAGUUCAAAAGGAGUCUUGUCACGGUCCUGAGAGCUGAGCAGCAAGACAGCUCACGGAUUCACUCGUUCACGAGCCAUCAUCAACUAGCUUAUGUUGCCAAAUGUCCUGUUGGAUAUUGACUCUGUUCGUUUGCAGAAGCGUGAAGAGCAAAAAGUGAAUAGAGUGAAGAUCACACAUUUUGGAUAGUCGAUGGAUCCAUCUGUCAAUGAAGAGCGUUUUGUAUCUCUGCGUUUGAAAAUCAUGUAUCAACUCAGAAACUUAGCUGCAACUUGAAGGGGACUCUGUAAUUUGGUAGAGAAAAGUCAAUGUACUGUUUUUAUUUAAACGACAACGUUUUUUUUU